CUGCCCAAGAACUGGCCGGCUCAGAUCCCGUACCUAACGGGGCCGCUGUACUCGCCACGCCUAACAGCCGCGCACCUCGCCGCGAUCCGCACUAGACCUUUACCCCCGGCUGAGACAGAUACAGACAUAGUAGUAGGCACGUUUGAGAUCCCGCGCGGUCUCAAGCCCGGCCCCAGCGCCGCCGUGCGCAUCACGCCGAUCACGGACCCAUCGCACCCAGCCCACGGGCAGUGCGGCCUGUUUGCCGUGCGCGACCUCAAGCCCGGCGAGCUGGUCGUGCCGUAUUUCGGCGAGGUGCACGUCGGUUCUGGCCCUGAUGCUAUUUCAGAGGGAGAGGACGAGCACGCCGCGUCCGACUACGACCUGUGGCUCGACCGCGACGGCAACGUAGCCGUCGACGCGGCGCGCGCGGGCAACGAGGCCAGGUUCAUCAAUGACUACCGCGGCGUUCCUGUGUCGUCGGGCGCGUCGUCUUACUCUUCGUCGAGGCCAGCGGAGGGGCUGGGGGGACUGACGCGCGCGCGGCCCAACGCAGAGUUCCGCGCUGUUUGGGACCCACGCCUGUGUCAAUGUCGUGGCGAGAUGACCAUGGCUGUGUUUGUGCUGCCAGCAGGGAAGAAGAAGAGACAGAGAAAGGACGGGACGCAAGGCGGGAUCGCCAAGGGCGAGGAGGUCUUGGUGAGCUACGGCAAGGGGUUCUGGGGGGAG